GUGAGUGCUGCUGCUGCUGCACCCUAAUCCUAAUUUCUGCAUCGAUCAUCAAGUCAUGUUUCACCAUCGGCGCGGAUGCCACCGUUGUCGGUGCUCGUCUUAGAAUCGAAGCUUUUAGUCCUGAUCUCCCCGGCCGCCCCGGCAGUGGAUUUUGAAAUAGUUCUCCGCGCUGUGGAAAGAAAGAGUUCGACGGGCACGGACGGACAUUCCCGGCGGGCACACAAAUCGCCAACCCUUUUAAUUUCUCUCCGUGCCAAGUGGAUAAAUCACCUCCAAUCAUCAUCAUCGUAAUCCUCGUUUCAAGUGGCAAUUUAGUGGAAAUCCAAGUGAAUCGAACCUUGUCCAAGUUCUGAGACCAUCACCCGCUAUUACGGUGUCAACGGAUCGGACUUCUGCUGUCAUCGGUGCUCAGCGGUGGUCCCAACGUCCGAACGACCCUUGGACAUUCAAUCGCGGAUCAGUAUCGAACCUGAAGUUGCAACUCCCAGAAGCAGCAGCGAGCAGAGGCAUCCAAGAUGUACGUGUUAGGAAUAUUUGUGGCCGGAAUGCUACUCACAAUGGAAGCACUAAGUGAACACUUGGUGGAAUUUGUGUCCAACUACCAGACAAAUUCACAGAUCGACUACUCGUUCCGCUACUACAUCGACCAUCCCGAGUCGGGCGUUUCGCUCGACCACUGGGAAAACCGGCGCGGCGAUUACGUACACGGUGGCUACGGCGUACUGGAACCGGGAGGAUACGUCCGCACGGUGCACUACGAGGUCGAGGGGGACAACGGUUUCCGGACGAUCAUCAAAACCACCGCCCCAGGUAGCACAUCCCAGUACAACAUCCACAGUGGCAAAAAGUCCCAACCCCCGCAGCCCUACUGGCACGCCCAGCCGGUGGCCUUCGUCCAGAACGGCCACAAGUCCUAGCCCGCCAUAACAUCGCCGUCAUCGUCAUCCUCACACUGUUACAUUCGUUACCUUAGAAAACCGAUAUUAGAAGAAAUAAUAAAAAAAGCUAGUUGAAGCGAGAAGAAAGUCCCACUGGCCCCGUUACGAAUCUAUGCCGGCCGGUUGUCCACUCCAAGUGAACCGGUUCCAGAGCACCACACCCUUUCCUCUUCAUCCGCCGCGCAAAAAGCGAAUUACGCAAUGCAUGCCGUCGUGAGCAGCUGCUUGCACUUUCUUCCAGACAUGCAGCACGAGACGACCUCCUCUAAUUACAUACCUGUCUUAUCUAGGGUAGUUGAGACGGUUGUUGGACUGCUAUUUUAUUAGCACUUUGUCCUAAUUUCUUUCUUUUUUGAUUACUUGUACUUUUUGGUAAUAUUCUUCCUCUAUAGCUCAAAUUGGCGCUUACUGCAGUCUUUGAAAGUCCAAAAAAUCGCAAAAUUAAAAAUAGUGUUUCCAACAAUUGCCCCAACUACCCUACUCCACUUCAGCAAUCCUGAGGCCCCCGUUGGCGGCGUCUCUUUUCACUCUCAUCGAAAAAGCGAAAGAGAGAAAAAACAAACAAUCGAACGAAAUAAGUGAAAAAUUGCAGAUAAAAAUAAAAGUAAUCGAAAAUGAACACCACCCGUUGACUUACCCGUCCGUGGCCACGCAAUAACCGCGUUUAUUUGUGUAGAUUUAUUGUAAAUAAAGUAAUUUUAGCGUCGAAGAAGCCGCCACGCCGAUCGGCAUCGA